CAAUAAUAAACUCAUUCUCCUAUUGAAACUGUCAGAAAAUAUAGGCACCGCGCGCUCUCGCUCUCUCCCUCUCUCUCUAAUCCCAAUAGCACAAGAAAAAUCCAAAAAAUCGAAACUUGGAAUAAUCCCAGAUCAGAAAAGGGACAAUCUUUGCAGAUUCGGUUUCAAAAAACCAAAUAUUUCGGCCGUCCUCUGGUCUGCGAUCUUCUUCUUCUUCUCUCCUCAGCUUUCAUGGCUUCUUCCUCCAAUGUGAAACCAUGGCUUUGUUUAAGCUUUCUCUUCGUUCUUCACACUUCUCUGCUCGCACCAAUCUGUAAUUCCCAGCCUCAGAACAUCGAAACCUUCUUUCCAUCUCAAACUCAACCCCCAGCUUCUGAACCGAGCAUUUCUCUACCACCGCCGGUUGUUCCGCCGUCAUCAGAAGUACAGCCUGCACCGACGCCGGCGUCGGCGGAAACAACCAGAAGUUCAUCAUCGAAGGGUAAGGUAGGGAGGGCUGUGGCUAUUACUGCAGCAAGCACUCUGGUUGUUUCUGCGUUAGCGUUCUUCUUUGUCAGAUGGUGUUUAAAGAAAAGACGUAGAGAAGAGAGACGUGUGAGCUCUGCUUCAGAACCUGGGGAUGGAAAUGCAAAUGGAAGAGAUGUGACUCAGACGAACACGUUUGAGCGAAUUGAAGGGAAUGUGAAGGGAUUGAUUGUUGAUGAGAAUGGUUUGGAUGUGAUUUAUUGGAAGAAGCUUGAAGGGAGAAAUACCUCCAAGAAGGGAUUACAGAAGGAGGUUCGAAGCAUAGCUAAAGAACAAGAUCAAGAACAAGAAGUAGAACAAGUAGAGAUAGAAACAGAAACAGAAACAGAAGAUGGGUAUGGAGGACAUCAUCGCCGGAAAAAAUCUGAGCCUGUUCAAGAAAUUCCUCUGCUUCGUGGUAAGUCUUCGGCUUCGGAGAAAAAUUUAUUAUCAGAAGGUGAACAUGGGUUGAAUCGGAGCUGGAGGAGAAACUUGUCUCGAAAAAUAGCUCCUCCGCCUGCGGCGCCGGCGUCAGCGGUGGCGACUGUUUCACCACCGUUACCACCACCACCGGCCGCUUAUUUUUCUGCUGUUUCAAAAGCGACGCCGCCGCCUCCACCGCAUUCUGCGGCUGCUUCUUCUGCUUCACCACCAUUACUACCACCACCUUCUGCUUACUUUUCUGCUGUGAACAAAACGAAAAGCACUGAAACAAAACCACCUCCACCUCCACCUCCACCUCCUCCGGCAAUUCCGGAUAAAAAGGGUCCGGCACCGCCUCCCCCUCCUCCGCCGGUGCCGGCUAAAAAGAGUCCAGCACCACCACCUGCUCCGCCCGUGGCCGGAAGUUUGAGGUCAUCUUCAAAACCACCGCCUACCCCAGUUGAAAAGCCUUCGGGAGAAAGCGAUGAUAAGAAAGUGAAACUUAAACCUCUGCAUUGGGAUAAGGUUACCGCUAAUGCUGAUCAUUCCAUGGUUUGGGACAAGUUGGAUCGUGGCUCCUUCAGGGUUGAUCAAGAUCUUAUGGAAGCUCUAUUUGGGUAUGUGGCUACAAACAAAAGAACACCAAAAGGGCAAAGCAAUUCAUCUAGUCCAAGCAAGGAGGUCUCUGCACAAUCAAGCACAACUUUCAUCCUUGAUUCAAGAAAAUCCCAGAACUUUGCUAUUGUUUUGAGAUCUCUAGCUGUGUCGCGACGAGAAAUUCUUGAUGCCCUUGAUGAAGGUCAAGGCCUUAAUUCAGAUACAAUUGAGAAGCUUGUUAGAGUUGCUCCAACCCAAGAAGAGCAAUCUGAUAUCCUUGAUUACAGGGGAGACCCAGCAAGACUUGCUGUUGCAGAAUCUUUCCUCUAUGACAUCCUCAGAGCUGUUCCUUCAGCUUUCAAGCGCUUGAAUGCUAUGCUUUUCAGGUCGAACUAUGACACAGAGUUAAUGGAGAUCAAGGAGUCUCUGAGCACUCUUGAAUUGGGCUGCAAGGAGCUUCGAACUCGAGGUCUCUUUGUGAAGCUUCUUGAAGCAGUUCUUAAAGCCGGAAACCGUAUGAAUGCUGGUACUUCAAGAGGCAAUGCUCAAGCUUUCAACUUGUCUUCUUUGAGGAAGCUCUCUGAUGUCAAAAGCACAGAUGGGAAAACCACAUUGCUUCACUUUGUGGUCAAAGAAGUAGUCCGGUCUGAGGGAAAACGCUGCGUUUUUAACCGUGAUCACAGCCUGAGUCGCAGCGGAAGUAGGAAAAUAAACAGCAAAGGAGACACUGAGAACUCUGUUUCAGAAGAACAAAGAGAAGUGGAAUACCUAAGGCUAGGAUUACCAUUUGUUGGAGGAAUCAGUACAGAGUUUUCCAAUGUGAAGAAAGCAGCCCUUGUAGAUUACAAUAGUUUAGUUGCUUCAAUCUCAUCCCUCUCAACUCGGAUAGCUGAAAUCAAACAACUUGUUUCCGAGUGUGGGAAUGGUAAAGGAGGGAGCUUUGUGAGGGAAAUGAACCAUUUUCUGAGAAAUGCUGAGGAGGAAUUGAGAUCAGUGAGAGAUGAGCAGACAAGGGUAAUGCAGAUUGUGAAGAAAACAACAGAGUAUUAUCAAGGAGGAGCUUCAAAAGAUAAAGCAGAGAAUCUUCUGGAAAUAUUUGUCAUCGUCAAGGAUUUUCUGGGAAUGGUAGAUCAGGCCUGCAUCGACAUCGCUCGUAACAUGCAGAAGAGGAAGACAACAAAAACAAAUUCUGGGUAAAUAUCAUAUGCAGAGGCACUAUGUAUGUGUAUAUACAGAAGAAUUAUCAGUUUUGCCGAUUGGAAUACAUUAUUUCAUUCAAAGCCAUGGGAGGUUCCAUGUUUUGCUCACAAGACACGGAUGUAAAUAAUCUCGUACUCGAGACAAUUUGAUUGGUCCCAAACUACGUGGAGAUGACAACCAUCGGGACAGCCUGUGUCUGGAAAAUUCAGGAACUCAAACCAUCAUUUUGACGUUACCCAUCUCACUCAUUCUUUAGUUUAUUUCUACGUUAAUGUUGUAUUCCAUUGACAUUAACGAGAAUUUGCAUAGCUUCUUGUGAUUUUCUGUUACAGUAUCUCUGAUAAUUCUUUUGAUUUGUAAUUUUAGAUUAAUGAGAAUUUGUAUUUAUUCACUAAAGAUAACAUGUCA